UUGGGAUAAUGAAUUUAUAAAAGAACGGCCGACACAAACACUGCCAAAAUUGGAUAAAAAGCAAAAAGGAAGUAUUUACUACAGUAAUGGCCACACUGCGCUCUCAGUAUGGAAUAAAUAUAAUUUUCCUUUUCAUCGUACAUUUAAACCACGGCAUUACAAAGUCACUGCAGACCUUUUCGGAGGAACAGUUCCUGCUGGAGUUGAGUGACGAUCGCAGCAGUUCACCGGUAACGCGUCCUCCGAUACGCAACCGGACACCACCGUACCUUGGCAAUCUGCACCUUGGCUUUCACCAGCACCAGCAGCACCACCAUCAGCACUCAGAGACGAGCGAGAACGAAAUUUACGACUCGGACGAGAGUAAUCUGCUCCGGACGCCGCUCGACCGUGGGCCACACUUUGAUUUGUCCGCCUCGAAGAACAUUACAGCGCUGGUCGGGAAGACGGCCUAUCUAAACUGCCGGGUGAAGAACAUCGGCAACAAAACGGUGUCCUGGGUGCGGCAUCGUGACAUUCAUCUGUUAACCGUAGGUAGAUUCACCUAUACGUCUGACCAGCGUUUCCAGGCUGUACAUAAUCCCCAGACAGACGACUGGUCGCUACAAAUUAGAUACCCCCAGAAGCAGGACACGGGCGUGUACGAGUGCCAGAUCUCCACUACGCCACCGGUCGGGCACUCAAUGUUCCUCGCCGUCGUAGAGCCAAUCACCACGAUCGUUGGUGUGCCGGAUCUGUACAUCAACACGGGCUCAACUGUAAAUUUAACCUGCAUAGUGCGGAACUCGCCCGAGCCUCCUUCAACCAUUUUUUGGACCCACAACAAUCAGGAGAUCAACUACGAUUCACCCCGGGGCGGUGUGUCGGUCAUAACGGAGAAGGGUGAAUUGACGACAUCGUACCUGUUAAUACAGCGCGCCCGCACCACGGACAGCGGGAAGUACGUAUGCUCCCCAUCGAACGCCGAUCCUUCCACGAUCAACGUGCACAUCCUGAAUGGUACUGUUCGACCGCCCUACUCCCUAACCGCGUCAAGGGCAAUGACAAAUACGACAGUGUUCGCCCGAUACUGGAAACAUUUCAGACAGUAUUUGUCAGGGCUACCGUUGUUGGGCUCCCCGUUCAAGCGGUUAGCAUUGCCGCCCAGCCAGUGGAGUUUGCCGAUGAGCUUAAUGGUGCCGAGUAUUGCAUCAACAGCAUUUUUCCUGCAAAUCCACGCGUGGACCAACUACUGUCGGUGAUGACGGUGAAGAAAUUCAUCGUAGAACUCAUCCCUAACCUACAAGAUAAGACAGAAAAGAAUGAGCGGAGAAAAGAACUUUUUUUAAUUUCUUGCGCAGUGAAAUAAAAUAAUUUCGAGGUAUA